CGAAUUUUCCGCUUUCAAAUCGGUUGAGACAGGUUUAAAUUUGAUGGUGUCCCGUUCCCGUGAAUUUUGACUUGUUGAAGGGUUAUUGACGAUUUUUAAAAAAGCCAAACUGUAAGGUUGACGCAGUCCGACUUCCGGGUAUGACCUCAGCCUUGGCUCGGCGAGCCGGCCUUGUGCGCGCGGAGCAUUGUGGGUAGCUUAUAUGACGGACAAAGCUGUUGUUUAGGGCAAGUGUGAACGCCCGAUUUUCUGUGAAUAUUUGCUGUUCCAACAUUUUUAACCAUGACCAGUGACUCCAGUGAUCUGGAUAGGCAAAUAGAGCAACUGAAGAAAUGCGAAAUUAUCAAGGAAUCAGAAGUUAAAGCACUGUGUGCGAAGGCCAGAGAAAUUUUAGUUGAAGAAAGUAAUGUCCAAAGAGUUGAUUCACCCGUCACUGUUUGUGGUGACAUCCAUGGUCAGUUCUAUGAUCUGAAAGAACUCUUUAAAGUGGGCGGCGAUGUUCCAGAAACAAAUUAUCUAUUUAUGGGUGAUUUUGUGGACAGAGGAUUUUACAGUGUUGAAACAUUCCUUCUACUCCUUGCUCUAAAAGUAAGAUAUCCAGACCGUAUAACCUUAAUUAGAGGAAAUCAUGAAUCAAGACAAAUCACCCAAGUUUAUGGCUUCUAUGAUGAGUGCUUGCGAAAAUAUGGGAGUGUUACGGUUUGGAGGUACUGCACAGAAAUAUUUGAUUACUUAAGUUUGUCUGCUGUCAUUGAUGGAAAGAUUUUCUGUGUUCAUGGAGGCUUGUCACCCUCAAUUCAGACCUUAGAUCAAAUUAGGACCAUUGACAGGAAACAAGAGGUUCCCCAUGAUGGGCCCAUGUGUGAUUUAUUAUGGUCUGACCCAGAAGCAGACACUCAGGGUUGGGGAGUAAGCCCUCGCGGAGCCGGCUACUUGUUCGGCUCCGAUGUAGUGAUUCAGUUCAAUGCUGCCAAUGACAUUGAUAUGAUUUGUCGAGCCCAUCAAUUGGUCAUGGAAGGCUACAAAUGGCACUUUAAUGAGACAGUCCUUACUGUUUGGUCAGCACCCAACUACUGCUACAGAUGUGGUAAUGUUGCCGCCAUUUUGGAGCUCAAUGAACAUCUUCAGCGAGAUUUCACAAUAUUUGAAGCUGCACCUCAAGAUUGCAGAGGUAUUCCAUCAAAGAAACCACAAGCUGAUUAUUUCCUAUGAGAUUUAAUUUUAAUUUAUUCUAUUAAUUGAUACUGUAGUAUUGCAUUGUAAUCCAUGUGGAAUAGGUGUAUUUCUUUGGUAUCUGUAGGUAGCGACUAUAAUUGUGGAGAUUUCUAUGCUCUGCAGUAAGGAACUGGGGCCCUAAAUAUUUUUUUCUGAAAUCAGGUUACUAAAUUUUCUCUGAGUUCAGAUGUCACCUGCCUACUUGUUUUUUAAACAAUCUGUGGGUUUUGGUGUCCCAGUUUCUAUGUUUCAAUAUUUCAUCAGUGUUUGUGUUACAAUGGUUUUUAGUAAAAUUAAAUGAUUAUUAAAAUAUAUGCAAUACUGACAGUUAUCUAAAUGACCAGCAGAACAAGAUUUGUGUAAUGGGAAAUGCCUAAUCAUAACUAACUUUCAAUGUGAAACUUGUACAUUUGAUGUAAAAGUGACUGAAUGACAUGUAGUGUUCUAACGGAUAGUUGGACAGUUUUAAACACCAAACUCUCUGUGCUUUCUUUCAAGAGGUUACUUUUGAGAGCACUCUGAUCAGCUCACUUGAGACACCUGUAGAAAAUACAUACCAAUUAGGGCUCAAUAGUCUUCUUUUGUAACUUUUUAUAUACUUCAUAACUUAUAUAUAUUUAAAUGAUUAUUCGCCCUUUGUUUGAGGCUGAAUUUUGUAUGAUUCCAGUGUAAAAAUGCUGUUUUCUGUUUUCUCCCUUCCGCACUAACUUUGAGGUCAUGUGUAAGUUAAAUACGUAAUGUGUUCAGACAAAGUGCCUACAUUUACUUCCACAGAGUUGGUAUAUUUUGAAGACGGAUCCAGUCUCAUUUGUUUGUAUUUGUACUAACGUUAUCUUGUUUCAAGAUGCAACUUUGAGAUAUUAUCAAACUUAAAUUUUCACUAUCUGAAAUACUGAAAUUGUGGGGAUCAUUUUUGUUCAUAAUGCAAAAAUGCAUUUAUAGUUUUUACUUUUCUUCCUUUCAUUGUGUACUUUUAACAUCAUUUCCAAGGUUCAUUUCGAACCAUUCAUGUUCCAUUUUAGCAAAUGAAAUUUGGCACCAAGUUAAGAAUUCAAGUUUGGUGCUGGCACCUUACAGUGGACUUUUCUCAUAGUUGACCGUUUCAUUUCAUGUGGAAUUUCUAUAAGUGCUCUGUUAUAGGUAACUUGUGAGGGGAUUGGGUAGAUUUUCCAAUACAUGUCAAAUUAUAAUGUCAAUUUUUUACUCUGUACGUGUUGUUAUCGUUUCCAGUAUUAUUCAACUAAAUUUUCCAGUCGUAAAAUUGAUUCAGGAAAGCCAACUUAAUUAUGAAAUGUUACCGCACAAGUCACUGCUGGUCCCCUGGAUCUUUCCUUACAAGCAACAGACUGAAAUUAUUGUGUUAAGAGUACACCAGGGCCAUAGUGCAAAUAUGACCUCUUGUUUAUAAAUAAACUGCCUUAAUGCAA